UAAUUUUUGUCAGAAAUAUGAUGUUAUAUUGUAACCUGCGAGUUUGAAGAUAUAGUUUCUUCCUAUUUUAUUAGAUAGGAAGUGGUCUUGUAUGAGUGAGACAACUGUCUGAAGACGCUACAUAUGUCUUCCGAGUGCGGAGACUUUUCUAAAAAAGUACUUCUUUGAUUGUAGUCGGAUUGCGUAUAUACCGUCAUCUAGUGUUCAUGAACAGCAUUUGCACUCUAAAUAUUUUUUGACUAAUCGGACGUUUAAAUUAUAUUAAUCAUUUUUAGACGAUUAUGUCAUUAUACGUCUUGUUUGAUUGGAUAGCUUUUUAAACAUCGUUAUGUUAGUUGUAUUAUCAAGUCAUUUUGUUAAAAAUUCGUUCAUUGGUUCCUUAGCAACCAAGACGAACAAAGUUUUGGACAACAAACGUCAAAGGCAGUUUGAGCAUGUAAUCUAAAAUAUCAAGGAGAAAUGUAUGUAAACGUGUAAAAAUAUCGCCGUUUUAAAUUCAUUUAGAACUAAACUUAAAUAUAGAACCUUAACAAAUGAUUUUAAUUCGCUCAUUUCAAAUGGAGAUGUAUGAGAUUUCUGCCAAAAGAAUUCAGGCAUACUGGAGAUCACAUAGAAACAGAAGACUCUUCAAACUCCUUGUGAAUACAGUACGCUCAGCAGAGGGGUGUCUUACACCAGCCACCCUGCGUCAGCUGAGCCCGAGAGAAGCCGAGCUUCUGAAAGACCCCAGUCUUAAAUACAGGCUCAGAUUCAGGUUUGCAGGACCUCAUUUUCCACCUUCUUUGGUGUUCAAGAUUUUCCACAUUGGUGUUGGAGGAUAUUAUCUCUCUGGCAAAAAACUCUUCACUCCCUCCAACCAGGCCACAGCAGACACGGGCAGAAUGAUGGGAGCUAGAACAUUCAUGGAUUUCAUCUCAGUGGACGAGAUUCAAAGGCAGAGCGGAGCCAUUACUGAAGUACAAGAUGUCAUCAGUGUGAAAGACUUUAUGCAGUAUUCAAGCCACCUGGAUGAGCUUCCCGCUUGUCUAGGCGGUCGGGAAAACAGCUGGAGGUUUCUGUCUCAAGAGGUCUUGUUACGGAAUAUUACCAGGGAGAAUAUCAAAUCAGAAACGACAGGUUCUGUUGCAGCACAUCUAAAGAAAGGGCGGUCGUGGGGACAACUCACCUUCUCUCAUUUCUCCAGACAGCAGCUCUCUCAGAGAUCUUUGCCAGUGUCCUCACGGCGCUCUGCUCGAGUUAAGAGCUCUGCAGCUCGCAGGAGGCGCCUCUACAUCGCGAGCGAGGCAGAGAGAAAUCAGGUCUUAGAAGAAGAGAGGCAUUUGGACAACAUUCAUAACAAUAACACGGAUAAACAGAAGAGCACUGCUAAGAAAUACGACAUCAAGAUUGUUCUUCCAUCAGUUGAGACUGAAGAUUAUGAUGACAGCUCAUCUGAGUCUGAAUGGGAGGAAGAGGCUGAAAAACUCUGUAACUGGUCGAAACAACUGAACUUAGAUGAUAUUGAUGCUCUUGAAUGUGUAGAUGGAUAAAAGUUGUUUGAUUUUCAACAUCGAUGCUUGGCUCUCUGAUGCUUAAAGAAAUAUUUGUAACACAUCUGCAAUAAGACUGAAACCCUUAUUUUUUGUAUGUUGUAAUCACGCAAGACAACAUUAUGACAUUUGUCAGUUCAUCACAGAUUAAAUUUGCUAAGAUUUUGUCUUCUA